AAAAAAAUAAAGAGGGCCCCACGUCAUGUUUUUGGAUAUUUAGAGAGUUUGGCACAUACUUAAGAAAAGUUAAAAGUUUUGAAGAACUGUUACUAUCACGAUAAUAUUUAGCCUUGGGUCUUUGUAAUUUUCUUGAAAAGUUUGGUUUGGUUUGGGUUAAAAACAUUACCACUACUCCUUAAGUCCUUAUUACUCUGUCACUCAUUGACUUCAUUUGCCUUAACAUGAAGAAAAUGACUCUUCAUUCUUAGACUUUCUCUCCUUCAAUAUUAUUGGAUUUUGUCUUCAUUCCAUUUCGAACGCAAAACCUCCAUUUUUUACUUAUCUCCAUCUUCAUCAGAGCCAGUACUUGAACUUGAAGGUCAUAGACUAUAACUUCCAGUGCAGAAUUGGAAGAAGAGAAAUGAACGGUGGCAGAGAUCGAAGCAGAAGAUGGAGGAGGAUUAAGCAACGGCUAGGAUUUGUGGGCUGCUGUGGUGCCACGUGGAGCCCAACAUCUUCUACUUUAACUAUUAUGGAAACUCUUCAAGAAGAUGAAGAAGAAGAAGAAGAAGAACACCACGGCUACCACCAUCAUCAUAAUCAUGAUGAGGACGAGCCAGUUUCGGUGGUGGUGGGGUCGGUGCCAGCUGGCAUGAACCUGGCGAUGGCAUUAGCGGCUGAGCGCAAUUCUCGGGCUGCAGGAGGAGGAGGAGAGGAAGUGGUGGGUCCCAGAAGCGUGGCUGGGCAGGUGAAAUCGCUGAUGACGUUGAUUGAAGAAACGGACGGUGUGGAUUGGAGCAGCAGGAGGAAGAAAGAGAGGGACCACAGCAACAACAACAAGCGUGGAAAUGGAAAUGGAAAUGGGACUGGUGAAGAUAUUGAUUGGGUGUGCUGCGUGUGCAUGGAAAGAAGUAAAGGCGCGGCUUUUAUUCCCUGUGGACACACGUUUUGUAGAGUUUGCUCCCGGGAGAUGUUGAUCAACCGUGGAUCAUGCCCCAUUUGUAACCGUACGAUCCUUGAGGUCCUUGACAUCUUUUGAAAUGAUCAGAACAUUCUUGUAUAAUCUUUGCUUGAGAUUAAAUUAGUUUUGUUUUGAGCUAAUCAAAUUUAAAUGUUAGCUCGUGCGCAUUUGUUCACAAAUUAAUUCUUAUGAGUAGAGACAAAUUACCA